CCGUGACCCGUGCAAGCUGGAGCGUCGUAGACUGUAGUCCACCGAGAAUCAAUGGCGCGAAGCAUGGUGCCGCUGCUGCUUCUGUGCAUGGCCGCGGCCAUGGAGGGCGCGGCGGCGCUGCACCUGUGCGUGGACCGGCUGUACGAUAGCACGCAGGGCAAGCACGACGACGGCCUGCCCCACCUGAACCCGACGGAGGAGGCGACCUGGAUGGCGCUCCUGCCGCGCAAGCUCGGCGCCAAGGCCGAGUUCGACUGGCUCGCGCUCUACCGGAGCCUCACGCGCCACGCCGGCGGCGGCGGCGCCCCAGCGGAGUUCCUCUCCCAGGCGUCCCUGCACGACAUCCGCCUCGGCCCCGGCUCCAUGUACUGGCAGGGCCAGCAGACCAACCUGGAGUACCUCCUCUACCUCGACCCCGACCGCCUCACCUGGAGCUUCCGCCAGCAGGCCGGCCUGCCCACCGUCGGGGAGCCCUACGGCGGGUGGGAGGCGCCCGACGGCCAGCUCCGCGGCCAUUUCGUAGGGCACUACCUGAGCGCGAGCGCGCACAUGUGGGCGAGCACGCACAACGACACCCUCCGGGAGAAGAUGGCCAGGGUGGUGGACAUCCUCGACGACUGCCAGAGGAAGAUGGGCACAGGCUACCUCUCGGCUUACCCCGACGAGGCGUUCGACAUGUACGAGGAGCUCUCCGAGGCCUGGUCGCCCUACUACAGCAUCCACAAGAUCAUGCAAGGCCUUCUGGACCAGUACACGUUGGCCGGGAACAGAAAAGGCCUUGGCAUGGUGGUGUGGAUGACGGAUUACUUCAGCGAACGUGUGAAGAACCUGAUACAGACGCACUCGAUUCAGAGGCACUGGGAGGCGAUGAACGAGGAGACCGGCGGACUGAACGAUGUCAUGUAUCAGCUGUACACUCUGACGAAAGAACAGAAGCACCUGACGAUGGCCCAUCUUUUCGACAAACCGUGCUUCCUCGGCCCCCUCAGCCUUCAUGGUGAUGAUAUAGCAGGGCUGCAUGUCAAUACUCAUAUUCCUGUCCUAAUCGGUGCGCAGAAGAGAUAUGAAGUCGUCGGUGACCAUCUUUACAAGGACAUUGCAACAUUCUUCUUUGACGUUGUAAACUCCUCCCACACAUUUGCGACAGGAGGCACAUCUACCAUGGAACACUGGCAUGACCCGAAGCGACUAGUAGACGAGAUCAAAAUCAGCUCGAACGAGGAGACUUGCACCACCUACAACUUGCUUAAGGUGUCCCGAAACCUGUUCAGGUGGACGAAGGAAGUCAAGUACGCCGAUCACUACGAGAGGCUGCUCAUCAACGGGAUCAUGGGCAACCAGAGGGGAACGCAGCCUGGUGUCAUGAUCUACUUCCUUCCCAUGGGUCCUGGGCGAUCCAAGAGCAUCAGCGGCGGGCCCCCUUCCGGCCUCCCUCCCAAGAACCCAGGAGGGUGGGGAGGUCCAAAUGACACCUUCUGGUGCUGCUACGGGACAGGGAUAGAGUCGUUCUCAAAGUUGGGGGACACCAUAUACUUCCUGGAGGAGGGUGAAGUGCCGGGGCUCUACAUCGCUCAGCACAUACCGAGCACCUUCGACUGGAAGGCGGCAGGCCUCACCGUCGUGCAGCAGGCCAAGCCACUGUUGUCAACGGAUUCUUACUUUGAGGUUACAAUCUCCAUUUCUGCCAAGGGAGAUGCCCAGCCAGCAAAGGUGAGCGUGAGGAUCCCUUCAUGGACAUCCACAGUUGACGCAACGGCAACUCUGAAUGGCCAAAAACUCAACCUGACUUCUGCAGGUAGCUUCACUGAUGAACUACUGAUAUUUCAUAUGUGUACAACUAUGAGAAAUCCCCUGCUUAAAGCUUAUCGUUCUCUCGCAGGUGAUUUCCUCACCUUGACAAAACUCUGGGGCGAUGAUACCUUAGUGCUCCAAUUUCCCAUUAACUUGAGAACCGAGGCAAUCAAAGAUGACCGGCCGGAGUAUGCAUCCAUCCAGGCAGUGCUGUUCGGGCCGCACCUCCUCGCCGGCCUGACACACGGCAACAAGACCAUUAACGCGACCGAGCACUCCAACGACGGCCUGACCCCGGGCAUGUGGGAGGUGGACGCCAGGAACGCCACCUCCACGGCCGACUGGAUCGCCGCGCUCCCUCAUCAGGCGAUCAACUCGCAGCUCGUCACCCUGACGCAGCAGUCCGGCGCGCAGACCUUCGUCCUGUCGGUGUCGGCCACCGACGGCACGCUGACAAUGGACGAGAUGCCCGCCGCCGGCAGCGACGCGUGCGUGCGCGCCACGAUCGUGGUCGACACGUACGUGGUUGACAGCACCGCCGCUGAGCACGGCGCCGCCGCUCCUGUUCUGCAUGGGCCGAACGUGACGAUCGCGCCGUUCGACAGGCCGGGCAUGGCGAUCACCAACGGCUUCGAGGUCAAGCUGCAUCCAGGGCCGGAGGCCCUGUUCAACGCCGUGCCCGGGCUGGACGGGCUCCCCGGCUCGGUGUCCCUGGAGCUCGGCACCAGGCCAGGGUGCUUCGUGACGGCCCCCGGCGGCGCAAGGGGCUACCGCGCCGGCGACAAGGCCCAGGUCGGCUGCCGGACGAGCGGCGGCGACGACGCGGCGUUCCGGAAGGCGGCGAGCUUCACGCAGGCGGCGCCGCUGCGGCGCUACCACCCGCUGAGCUUCGUGGCCAAGGGCACGGAGAGGAGCUUCGUGCUGGAGCCGCUGCGCAGCCUCCAGGACGAGUUCUACACCGUCUACUUCAACCUGGUCACCGCCGCCGCCGACAGCUGAAAGAAACGCGCCGCUGAAGCGCUGACCCUCCAUGUGAAACUGGGAGGGCCGACAGACCAGAGCUUCAGUUCAGAGAGCGGCUGCAGUCUGGCUCUGGCAGUGGCAGUGGCAGUGGCAGAGACAUGUGCCACGGCCACACAAUUACUACAUGUACUGUUGGAGUAGCACCUCCCAUCACCAAAACAAUAGUAAUGCUGUUGCAUGUUCCUCGAGUGAAAACAGUGUUUGUUGCAUGCAUCGAUCUCGGUGUAAGAGCGGCCCGUGUGUGAUGUGGUUGAGAUUUCUCGAGGUUGGCCAA